CAGCAGUUAGUGAUGGGCAGUGAACGCUGGAGAUGUACGCAUCCAGUGAAAGAUUGAAAAUUUUCCUCUCUCAACAUCACUCUUGCAUUCUGUAAUGGAAUUGUAUGUCUCAUUUUUAAACAUCCUGCAGUGACAGAACCCCCCUGUUUAUAGUUGCCAAGCAACUGGAAAUGUGUUUUCCACAUCUACCUCAUUGAAGUCUCCUUUGUAAUUCCAUCACAGUCUAUACUGGGAACUUAGAUUUGUGGAGGGGUUCUGUCGGUCAGAGUGUUAAGGGAAUAUUGUCCCCUGGAAUAUUUUUAGUGUUCAGUUGACGUGCAAUUUCUGCAACUGCCUUGUUCACGUGUGACGGUCUGUCUCCCGAUCUUCUUCCUAUGCUCAUUUUGUCAUUCGCUAUCAUUCUUUCUCGGUGUUCAGUUCCAGAACAAACUUGCCUUCGCCGAUACUAGAGAGGUGGUCCAGGAUUCAGAAAAUCCGCUGGCUGUGCUGUUUGCUCGGGAAAGAGGUCUCCAGGCAGAGCUAAGUGUCCAAAAGAACAGAACCCCAAAACCUCUAUUGGCCAACCAUGAGGUGUUGACUUGUUUGGGGAAGCAAGAGUUACAGAAUACAGUCAAACAACUGGAGAUGAUCCUGUCUUGCGUUAGAGCAAAGAAGAAAUCCUUACAGGAGGAGUUGGAGAGGGAGCAGAAGUGGCUUGAUGAACAGCUGGAGUUGGAAAAGACCGUGCAGGAGCGAUUUGACCAUCAGCCGGACUUCCGUGUUAUCACCAAGAACAGCGAGCUCCAGAAGUUGAAAAGCCGCUUGGAGAAGGUGAUUAAUCGGAAGGAUGAGCUCCUGUCUGCUCUCGGAAAAUUCUUGGAUGUGCAUUACCCUCCCCCCAGUGAGACAGACACUCAGUCAAAGACGGUGAGAUUGGCCGCUGAGAGAGAUAAAGGCUCAACCAACUUCAUCACGCUUCAUGAGAUCCUUGAGUGCCUCAUCAGCAAGGCCAUGAAGAGUCCUCACGAUCCCUACCUGGAGCUGGAUGAUACUUUCUGGCCACCCUUCAUCGAAGCCCUGCUGCGUUACGGGGUGGUCCUACGUCACCCUGACGACCCCCACCGAAUCCGCCUGGAGGAGUUCGACCAGUAGCUGGAGGCGGGGGCCUGGGAGCAUGCUUCCGGCCAAAUCUUGAGUCCCCUCACCCUCUCCCGACAGCCAUCAGCGCUGGACUGAUCUUGCCAUCUCCCAGCCCUGCUCCUCUCCUCCUGUCUGGCUAUGCCUGCCUGGACACAAUGGGUGGGAGCCCAUUUCCCCUCACCUUGUCUAUCUCCGCCAAUUCUGGACAGUUUGAGUGUGUAUGCCAUCUGUUACCCCCUCUGCCCCCUGGGAGUCCCUAACGUGAGCUGCUUUGUCCGGUAGUUCUUCCAUCUACGUCUGCAGGCGACAUGUGGACCAUAUUGUUACAGGAUGGACAAAUCGCCCCUCACCUCCCAGGAUCCGUUUCCCAUUGCUUAUGAGUGAGGCAAGAGCGAAACCCUU